GUGACCUGGUAAUAGGCGUCACAUGCUGUGUAAGGAAGAGGGGGAUGUGAUUGAUUUGGAUGGUCAUGCAGUUUUCUGUUCUAUUCAGUGUCUUCUACUUAGAAUUUUCCUCUAGCAUUGUGUCACUACAUGCAUUGAAGUCCUAGACUACAGCGUGGCGGGGGCUCCAGGACUGCAGUCAUGGCGUGGAGGGAUUGUAGAGGACUAUACUUCCCGGCUCCGUUACCUGCUGUAUCCAGAAAGAUUCUGAUUGGCUUCUAGGUCCUUUCCAUGUUUCUCCGGCCACUGAAGCUCAUCCAGCCAAAGGACAAAAAUGCAUAACUACAGAAUCUGGUAACAUUUGUACGGCUGCUGUGAAUUCACUUGGAAAUCCUCACAAUGGUGCAGGUUUACAAUUGCCACCCUUUUGGUUCCCAGAGGAUUGUGCAAACCAAGCAAGCACCGGAGGUGUUUUGCUGUGGCCGGGAUAGUGUGUUUGUGACCUGUGCUGGGGGAUGUAAGGUGGAAGUGUUCACUGUCUGCCAGGAGCUGUGCCAACCUCUCUGCAGCUUUAACACACUUGGGAAAGUGCUUCAGAUGCAUUACAGUGAAGUAGGAGAUUACUUGGUAACUAUCGAGGAGAAAAAUAAAGUUUCCUCUCUGCGGACGUAUGUGAACUGGAGAUGCCAGUCUUUAGGGAGCUCCCGUGUCAGUGUGCGAAUGGUGGGACUCCAGUUGGAUACCCUGUCUCCUGCCUCAUCAAAAGACCAAAUGGAGAUUAUCGAGAUGCCACUUUCUGAGGACCCUCUCCGUCUCUCUAGUUGUCCUGUGCGAGGAGAUCUCCUGGUCGGGUGCAAGAACAAGCUAUUGAUAUUUAGUAUGAAGUACAUCCCCGUUCAUGGCACGCCAGUGUUAGAUUUUGACAGGUCCUUGGUUUUACAAGUCUCUGGGAUUGUGCCUGCUGAGGUGUAUUUUUGUGCCAACCAUGUCAGCAUAAUAAGCGAUCUAGAAGUUCUAGUGUUCAGGCUGACACCUGAACAACAAGAGGUAUUGCCAGAUAUAUCCACUGCUAUUCCGGAUCUGGGAAAACUGCAAGAGAAAGGUAAGAAAGAUGUACUACCCCUGAAAUCAUCUCAUUCGUUGGAGUGUGAAGACUAUGUUGUGUUUGACAGACCUGUGGAAUUGAUUGGUGAGGAAUGUAAAUCCUGCAGCAUUGUGAUCACCCCAGAAUCCACUGGAUUGUCCACAGAUCCACUAACGACUUUCCAUGUCAGCUAUUUGCUUUACAGGAGGUUUACACCAGAUUUUACAGAUGGCUUCAGUGUUGAAUAUACAAGAUUGCACUCCUUACAGCUUAUGCCUAUGUACAAAACAGGAAGUCAUGUUAUCGCAGAUGCAAUCAGCACAAAAAAAGACCUGCUAAGCCUAUUUUGUUUCUUCUCCAUGCCCCAUGCUGGCUACUUGUACAGUUUAUUGAACAAUAUACAGCUGAUCUCUGUUUAUCAGUACCCAGAGAGGUCCCAGCAGGCUGUCCUCACUCCUCAAUUACUGCACGUCAUCACAAGGAAUAAUUUGCAGUGUUUCACUGUAAGAUGCAGUGCAGUAACAGUUCGGGAGGAAGAUCCUUAUAUUGACACGACUAUGAAGACUUGCCCACCUGUCUCUAUGGAUGUUUGCACACUAAGAAUGCAGCUCUUUAUCGGACUGAAAGGCAUUCAGCACUUUAACAACUAUAUAGUUAUCUUGACAAAGGCAGAUCUUGAAGACGUGCCAGAGAAGGGGAAGAAUUCAAAGAGAUUGUCCAGAAAGUCAGGAAGUACAAAGACCAAAGUUUCAUCCGAAACAGAACAUGGCUGGAAUCUCUACAUUGUGAGCACUACACCACCUAUCCAGCUCUACAGAGAAAUGGUGGAAUACAGUAAGAGGUAUGACACUGUGAAGACUCAGGGCAGUAUCCAUCUUCUCAGUGAGGCUCACCUGUUGCUAAGAUCUGCACUAAUGAAUCCAGACAUGAUAAACUCGGCGGAUAAAGAAGAGCUGGAGGCAGCAUUCAGAGAGAGUUGUGCCCACUUAGGGGACUGUUUCAGCAGAUUGGACACCAAGAAAUCCCAUCUGGCACUUCCUUACUACAAAAUGUCCUGCCUAUCUGUGUCUGAUGUAAUCGAUCGCGUUCUUUCCAAAGAUUUUCCCCAGGAGUAUGGGAAAGGCUUCAUGUUCUACCUCAAACAUUCUCUUUGUGAAGAGCUGGAGGAACAACUGAGUGAAGAAGCGGCUUUGAAAGUAUUGCAGAUAUUUAAAGCUACAGAACCACAACAGUUGCCUAAUGUGAUAUCCAGUCCUUGCAUGGUUAAUGUGUGUCCAGCUAAAGCAAUGGAUUUCUUGGAAACAUUAGAGUCUGUGGCAUGUUCAGCUAUAAUCUCUCUUACAAAGGCAACCAUGGCACUGAGAAUGCAUGAUCUUCAGAAGUAUGAAGCAGAGAUGCAGUGUCAUCCAGAGAUUCUACUGCUGUAUGGUUUCUUGGAGGAGCCUCGCCUGCUAAUGAUACGUAAGAACAAGGAGAUCAUUCCUACAGAGAUGGCAUUUUACUUAAGAGACGCCUUGCCUGGACUUCUUAUCGCUGCCUUAGUGGCUUUUCAUGAAAACAGUAAAAUGAAUCUGAAGGAAGCAGAAUUAUUUUUUAAGGUUUUGUGUGAAAAAUCCGAUGACAAUGAUGUUCCACAAAUGCUUGUAGAUUUUUGGGAGGCCCGUCUUUCCUCCUAUCCUCCAGACUCCAUUCUUCAAGACAUUCUGUUUAAACUUACAUCACAUUAUGUGUGUCGAAUAUGCAAACCUCAGCAUGAGUGCAUCAAAUCCUUGAAAAGUGCAGAGGAUCUGAGAAAUUCCUGCAGCCAUUUUGGAGUGAUCAGUCCAUGGGUUUCAAAGAUGGUUUCCUCAGGACCGUCAUCAUGUGAUCAGUGUGGAGAUUUGAUAAAGUUACAGUCUCUUCUCUGUGGACCAUCUCUGGAAAUUGCAUCAUUCCUCCCAUUUCUGGAUUUCAUACCGCAAGAAAACAUCUCACAUUUGAGCAUACACCUUAUAUGUGCAACUCGUCUCCUGAACUACGAGAGCUCAAUAGAGAGACUUCUUGAUCGGUGCCCUGAAGCUGUUACUCUGUAUGCAAAGCAAGAGAUAAAAAUUGGAAGCCAGGCCCUCUGGUGGAACAAGCUACUGCCUGAACUGUGUACUCGAAUUCGAGAAAAUGAGAACACUAAUGACAUAUUUAUUUCAGCUUUAAAAGAUACUUUGGAAAUGAUAUCCAUGGAACUUGACCUUCAGGACUUUCUGAAUGUGCUGCCUGAUGAUGGCAUUGCAGCAUUCUUCUUGCCUUAUCUUGUAAACCAAAGUGAAAAAAAGCUGAUGGUUUGAAUUUGCUGCUGCCUUAUGUCUUAAUCCAUACCCAAAGUUACAAAGUGGAAUCUAUGAUGUAAAGUAAAAUACACAGCUCAAACUGAGUUUCUGUUCCAUGGCCCUACAUGCAAUAAAAAUAUGCCCCUAAUGGAA